UCCAUUUCCUGAAUCCUCAAGAAUCAUACUGCGUUAAGCCGGUCGCGAACGAAUCAGAAACCAGCUCGGCCACGACUUGAUCUGCCCAGGUCCCCACUCAUGGACGGAAUUGCGCUCAAGAGAUGCAAGAUGAUCUUGGACUCUAUGAAAGAGGUGUAGGAUGAUGGGCGGUGCAACAGCCGCUGUAGCUCGAUGAUUCCCAAUAUCGAAUUACCUGCAUCGUUGGACCCAGUCGAUUGGCAAGCAGGAGACGACCAGUCGGCAGCCCCAUAAGCCCAGCGUACGUGGCAGGGUGAUCAAGUACGAAAGCAACGCUCGGUUCUCGGACAAAGGUUUACCAGGAGCGAACGCCUGCAAGCGAACGCUGUUCUAUUGACGAUCUGCUCACCAUGCACCAGAUAAGGCUCUCUGCUCUGGACAUUCGCGGAAAAGUCGUCAACCAGUCUUUAGGAACGCCUGGUCCAAGUCGUUUGCCGACGGGGCCGCUCAAGGAACGUUCCUGCCGUAGGAAUUCACGCAUCUGUUCAACCUGUUUCGUCCGCCUUCGGCAUCACCACGACCUCUAGUCAUGCUAACCCGAAUUUAUUACCUCUCGCUCCUGGCCAAUUCAGGGUCAA